UAUGAACCAACAUUGGACACUCCCACCAGAAAGCCGAACAGUCAAGUACAACAUCACGAGAAGACUCGAAUGAGAAAAUGGAGUCCUCUACGAAGUCAGCCGCAAAGGGAAUUCCACAUGCAAUAUCAGAAGUACCAAGAUCGCUCGCAAAAUCUGAAGCCGAACCGAGAUCCGGCGACGCAUCACUACCCGCUUCCUCCAGUAUUGCCAGUCUUGUAAAAGCCUCGCAUACGGAAAGACAUCUAGAAAUAGAGGAUAAAGCUAAAAGUCCUUUACACACAACAUCUAUCACAGUUCGAGAACCUCAAGGUCCACUCCGUGGUGCUAGAAAUAUGGUUGGAGAUCUCACCAAUUCGAAUCAUCUCGACAGGUUGCCCACGGAGAUUCAAUUGAUGAUAAUUCAAGAAUGUAUCCCGGAAUGCGAUGCUUCUCGUGGAUUCUCAGUCAGCCUGGAUUGCAAUAAUAAAAUAUUGCUUGAAGAGGGACAGGAAACACAACAUACGUCAAUUUAUUUUGUCUCGAGGACAUUUCGCAAGCUUUAUUUAAAGCAUUUGCCAAUCAUGCUACCAUCUUCUGACAAGAACAGUCCAAUAUGUAUUCAUCAAGAUACGACUGUCGCUCUCAAGAUGGAACAACUAGAUCUUCGUGACACUAUGGUAUGGGGCCAAGUGCAAAUUCCAUCAUGUUUCAGUGAGAUUCGACAUCUUGCUGUUCCCGUCAAAGAGCUAGUAUACUAUAUGGCCCUCGAGAGCAGUGAAGGAGAGAAUUUGAACAUCAUUCAGAAUACUAUUGGCAAUAGUGAGCGUCUCGAGAUUAAUACAAUAAAUGUCACCAAAAUCUUCUUCUUCGAGAUAGAGUCUUUUAUCAACAAAUACUGUUGCGAAGAACCUCAUUUGGCCGAACUGCCGAAGCAACUCAUUUGUGGAAUAGACCCAGAUGUAGUUCGAGGAAUUCUUCGCAGAUUAUUGACUCGGAAGAUGAAUGAACUCUUCAAUCCCAGCAGGGCUAUUGCAGAUACCGAAGAAACCCAACAGCUUCUAGAGGUUGUUAAAAAUGUAUUUGAGCAGCACAAGAGAUCUAAUCCAGAUGAUGGUAACUCAAUUAAGACAUCAACAUCAAACACAUCACCGGUUGUCGAAUAUUGAAGAAUUCUUAGCGUACAGCCUUUCGACAUACGAAUCUUUCGACACCCA